AUGACCAGCCAGCCUCUCCAACAACCCAACGCUAUUUGGAGCGCUGAUCUCCCCAGCCGAGAAAGUCCAUUGACUGAAGAUGACAUGCAGCAAAUGGCUUCUAAUACUGAACAUGGACUGGCCAUGAUCAAGACAGCCUUGGACAGACAGCAGCUGGGCUUCAUUGUCUCUGAGAAAGUGAUCAAGGCAGCUGCCUCAAAUGAGCGUUAUGCGGUUGAAAUCCUAGAACUACUGAUGAAGAAUGGAGGCUCAGAAGUUGCAAUUACCACGGAUAUCGUCUGCGCGGCAGCAGGAAACUCGCUUUCUGCUGUGGGAUAUCUUUUCCAGCUCCCGGGACGAUCCUUUCCCACUCUGGAAAACAGUCUGCUAGCAGCAGUCAGCUUUGAAGACAACCGUGCUGCAAAGAUGUGUGCGAGCAUUGUCAAGCAAUUCCCCGAAGCCCAGAUCUCAAGUCGGGUUCUUGAAGCGGCGUGCACGAAAUUCAAGGUGAUGCAGGUGCUUCUGGAUCAACCUUGCGAUCAUCUACCGAUUCAAGAAAUCAUCCGAAAAAUAGCAAGAGGCAACUAUGAUGAAGCACAGGUGGUGCAGCUUCUUCUUGAUCGCAAACACUUGGUUGUGGAUGAGUGGGCGAUGGGAACGCUUGCUGCGAAUGGUUCGGCUUUCGAAAUUAUUAUUACAUCGCAGCCAGACGCACCGGUUACACACAAUGUCCUUCUACAAGCAGCAAGCAACGAUGAAUCAAUGGAUAUAUUGCUGGAAAACCGACUGGAUGAUGUGGUUAUCACGGAGGAGGUUAUGAUCGUUGCAGCCAAGUCAGAUUACACUGUAGCUGCUAUUCUCCAAAACACACAAUCAGUUCCAAUUACCAAGAAGGUUUUCAAAGAGGCUGCAUUUCAUGAACAGCCUGAUUCACUUAAUGCCUUCCUUUCAUUACAACCUGAUCUGGAUCCGCUAGCGAUAUGGGACGAAAUUUGGCAGGAUGUCGACAUCAGUGCAGAGAGAAAAUACCGCGCGACAAGGGCUAUUUACCAUAAUGCCGAUUUGGAAGUAACAGCUUCCAAGUUGCAAAGCUAUCCAUAUGAUCCAGAGCAGAAAAACAACUAUGGCCUUGACGAUGUGGUUAUGGAAAUUGUGGAGGAUGAUCGGAUCUUACCCAUAACCGAAGAAACGACAGAAAUUAUUUUGGAGAGAUGUCAUAAUAAAGCUAUUAAAGAGAUUUUGGAGUACAAUCCAGACAUGCUGAUUACUGCCAAAUUGUUUCAAGCGGCGGAGAGGAACCUAAUUGCGGAUAAAGAGUCUUUGCUAUCGUUCCUUGCUGAGAAGAGAGGUUGA